AGAGAGAGAUGGAUGAAUUUAGAGAUGUUGAGUGAUUAUGGAGUUAGUACAGGAAACUGGCAUUGACAUAAAGGAACUGUCUCCAUCAGCACAGAUGCACCACAAGGCUGUGUGCUUAGCCAGCUGCUCUACUCACUUUACACUUACGACUGUGCAGUUAAGCACAGCUCCAAUGACACAUUCAAGUUUGCUGACAGCACCACUGUCGUAGGCCGAAUCAAAGGUGGUGACAAUUCAGCAUAUAGGAGGGAGGUUGAAAAUCUGGCUAAGUGGUGCGGUAACAACAUCCUCUUAAUGUCAGCAAGACCAAGGAACUAAUUAUUGACUUCAGGAGAAGGGAACUGGAGGUCCAUGAGGAUCAAGGUGAAGAGGGUCAGCAACUUUAAAUUCUUCUGUGUUACUGUUUUAGAGGACCGAUUCUGGGCCCAGCACAUAAGUGCAACUACGAAGAAAGCACGGCAUGCAAUGUAAUAAAGAGAAUUACAGAGGGAUGAGAGAGGAGCUUGCCCAGGUGGAUUAGGGAAUGAUACUGAUGAGGAUGACGGCAGAGCAGACGUGGCUGAAGUUUCUGGGAGUAGUUCACAAGGCACAGGAUAGAUAUGUCCCACAGAGGAAGAAGUUCUCAAAUGGCAAGGAUACGUGACCGUGGCUAACAAAGGAAGUUAAGGACUGCAUAAAAGCCAAAGAAAGGGCAUAUGAGGUAGCAAACAUCCUGGUUAACAACCUGUAAGACUCUAGUUCACAAGCAUGGUAUUGAAUGCAGUGAUUUCCAAACUGGUUGGGAAGCGUGUGGUCCUUGCCAGUGCUUCACCACGCAGACGAGAAAUUUUGAACAAUGUUGGUCUUAGAUUUGAGGUGGUGCCUUCAUGGUUUAAGGAGAAUCUUGUCAAGUCUGCUUUCAAAACACCCUAUGAUUAUGCAAAAGAAACUGCAAAGCAGAAAGCCCUUGAGGUGGCAACAAGAAUGCACUUGAAACACUUCAAGACUCCAGACAUCGUCAUUGGCGCAGACACUGUUGUGUGUAUUCAUGGUGAAAUUCUCGAGAAACCCAAAAAUAAGCAAGUUGCAUACAACAUGCUAUCGAAACUCAACAAUAAUGAACAUAGUGUUUUCACGGGGGUUGCAAUUGUCCAAUGUGUCUGCAAAAUAGGAAACCAGCUGGAGACCAAUGUUACUGUUUUUUAUGAAGAAACAAAGGUGAAGUUUUCGGAAGUGUCGGAGGAACUUCUUUGGGAAUACAUACACAGCGGUGAGCCAAUGGACAAGGCAGGUGGCUAUGGAAUUCAAGCACUUGGAGGAAUGUUAGUGGAAUAUGUUCAUGGGGACUUUUUGAACGUGGUGGGAUUUCCCCUAAAUCACUUUUGCAAGAAGCUGGAUGAAAUCUAUAGUUCACUAGAAAGCAAGUGUAUUGCAAGCAACACCAAGCCUAGUGAUCUGGAGAGUGAAUCUGUCAACCACAACAAGAACGUAGUUGCAGAAAUGAGUCUGAAAUCUGAUCAAGCUGCACCGAUGGAAGAGGCACUAAAAGGUUCGGAUUCAAUUCUACCAAACGUUACUCCAAAGCCUCAAGAGCUAGUGGAAGUGCAUCUUGGUUUUCUAAGGACAACUACCCACAUUGAGAUGACCGAGUGCCUCCAUAAAGUUGCAGACCUAGUGGAUGGUUUCAAAGCAUCAAAGGUCUUAUUCACAGCGACCAAACUGAAGGUAUUUGAUAUACUGAGUUUACAGGGAAACUUAGAAGCUUCAGACAUUGCUCAGAGAUUAAAGACAGCAGUGGAUGCAACAGAGCGUCUCUUAGAUGCCUGUGUAUCACUUGGCUUACUAGAUAAAACACCAGGAACAUCACCAUUGUAUAAGAACUCAAAAUUUGCCAACACGUUCCUGGUAUCAGGCGCUGCAAAUUCCAUGAGUGACUAUAUUCUUUAUAAUAAUGACUACAUUUGGCCACUUUUCAGUCAUCUGGAUACAGCCAUUAAAGAGGGACCAAGUCAGUGCCAAUCAGCUCCUGGAGGAAAGGCUGAAUACUUAUUUCAGAAUUCAGAACAAAUGUUGUCUCUGAUGUCGGCAAUUAACAAUGUUGUCAAAGUUGUUGGGAAGGACAUUGUCAGGGCAUUUGAUCUUUCAUCAUUUAAAACUGCUUGUGACUUAGGAGAAACUACUGGAGCUUUGGCCUAUGAAAUGGCAAAUGCAUAUCAAGAUAUGGUACUCACGGUCUUUCAUUCAACAAAGUUGUUGGAAAAACUUAAACCUUUCCAGCAAGAAAAUCAAAGCUCAAAUCGAAUUUCUUUCAAAGCAGGAGACAUCUUCACAGAUGACAUACCUGAAGCUGAACUUUACAUUCUUGUAAAUGUUCUUCAUUUCUGGAAAGAAGACAAGAUUAAUCUCCUAUUAAGCAAACUCUCUCAGAUGUGCAAACCAGGAUGCAGCCUUCUCCUUACGGAGCUUGUGCUGUACGAUCGGAGGACCAAACCGUGCAGUGGUCUCCUGCAGUCCCUCAGUAUGAUGAUGCAGAGCGACGGGAAGGAGAGGAGUGGGUCAGAGUACAGGAAACUCUUGCACAAACAUGGCUUCGCAAACGUUCAGAUCAAACACACAGGAAUCCUUCUGGAUGCCAUUUUUUGCAAAAAGCAGUAGAUUUUUAUCUAUGUGUUGCAGAAGCUCUUCAGAGUUGGCCUUUAAUUAUGUUCGCCUCUGAUACCCAAUGGGGAAGGACUAUAAUAUUCAAUCAACUUAGUUAAUGUGUUUUCAAAAUUGCACAUUUUGUAAUAUCAAUUCCUUAUUAAAUAAUCGUUUAAACUUUA